UAUUUAAAGAGCGACAAUGUUUGGAUACUUUAAUCUCGUGAAGGUAAACACAAACCUCUGACCAGAGACUGCAUCUAAUGAUCAAACGUUGUGUAUAGUGGAACAGCGAGCUGGAGUUGAAAAGAUCUGAUUAGAUUAUAAUGGCCUCUCACCAUCUAUUGACCAACUUCCUCGGGAUUCAUGAACUGUCCACGGCCAUGUUCUACAAGGCGGCCUUUGCGGAGCUGGCUGGCACAGCCAUCUUGAUGAUCUCCAUAUGCGGCUCGUACACCACCCUCGACCAAGGCCACCCGCAGGAGCCGCUGGUCUCGGCAGCAUGUGCCGGUCUGGCCGUGGCUAUGAUUAUCUGGACAUUCAAUCACAUCAGUGGGGCGCACAUCAAUCCCAGUGUAAGUUUGUCCUUCAUGGUCACUGGACAGCUGUCUCUGGUCAAGACUGUUGUGUUUAUAGUCAUGCAGUGUGCAGGAUCAAUUGCGGGUACCGCUAUUGUCUGGUACAUUAUUCCAGAUCAAUGGAGAGGUCAGAUUGGGGCCACAGUUCUUGGUAAGGACGUCACAGUAGCUCAGGGCUUUGUCGCUGAGAUGAUUGCCACUUGCUUUCUGAUCCUGGCGGUGUUUGCUAGCAGUGAUAAGAACAGAAGUGACCUUGGGGGUUCCAUGCCGCUUACUAUCGGGCUCGUCGUGGUGAUGCAGAAUACGUGGGCGGCUCGGCUGACUGGAUGCAGUAUGAACCCGAUCAGAACACUUGGUCCAGCUGUGAUAGCUGGAGUCUGGGAUGACCACUGGUUGUACUGGGUAGCGCCAACGCUGGGAGGAGUUCUUGGAGCUUUGAUCUAUAAAUACAUUCUGGCCCAGCACCCUAGCCAGGCGUGCGCACUGAUGGCCCUCUGCGGAGACGGCAAUGAUGGCCAAACUGACAAGAGCAUGAGUUUUGACAACAUUGCGGUAGCCAUGGGCCCUGUUGGCCAAGACAGCAAACAUUCGUACGGUUCUCGUGCACCAAUCCAUCGUAACUCAUAUGUUGGUUUACCAUCUUAGGGCCAGUACAGGGUAACAUUAUAAACAGUCUAAAGCCAGGAAUAAACAAUGCCAUGAUCUGUAUUACUAAAAUGUAAAGCUGUAUACAUAGUAAUGACCUUAAAAAAAAAAAGCAAUCAAGAAAGACAAAUAUGCUUAUAAAGUAAAAACUUUAAUCACUCAAGGUCCUGGCACUGGAAAGGGGAAAGGGCGAGGAGUGACAAUUUUCAAGAAAAACGUUUAAUGAAACAAUUCUCAAUCAAACACGCAGGCGCACACACACACAUUUCUUGAAACUUUUCCCAAUUAAUCUGUAACAGAACAAAAAUAUCUACUAGCAAAACCUCACGCAGAUAUGAGUAGCCAAAAAUAUAAAAAUAAACAAAAAUACACACACACACACAAAAUAGGGUUGGCAACAAUAUACGAAAUAAUAGAUAUAAUUUUGUUUUCAACUAGUUCAAAUCAUAUCACAUAGUCACCACAUUUCAAAAACAAAUUAAUAGUUGAAGCAGAUACACAACAAACAAAAAUCAAAAUGUGAUUCAAGAAUAAAUAACUUAACUGGCACAAGUUUGGUAGACUAGCACUAGAGCUCUGCAGUUUAAGUUGCCCUAUAAUAAGAUUCCUCAUGCCUUAGAUUCUACCGGCUCAAAGUGAUUCAUUCUACCAGUUCAACUCCUUUCAUCGAUUCAGUUGAUUCACUCCACCAAUUCAUUCUUAUUAAUUCAAUUGAUUCACUCUACACGUUCGAAGCCAUUCAGGAUGAGGUGAACUAUUCAAACGUCUGCUAAAGUGUCACCUUCAAACUAGAACAAAAGGAUAGAACACAAAGAUUCUAAAUUUACUGGGUAGAGAAUAGACCCAGUCCCCCAAACACACACACACACAAAAAGUGACUCAGAUAAGUGUAUUGUUUGUGUGUGUGUCUGCACCUGCCUAUAAAAAAAGAUAACAAAAAGAUGGAACAGCACUAGCACUUGUAGUACCAAUAAGUGAGACUGGAUUCAGUCAUUUACCAAACAUUUUUUGAAACUAUAAAAUAUAGAAGAUACAGACAUUUUGUAAAUAGAUUUACCAAUCAAUGUUUAUAAGCUUUGUAACAUAAGGCCUUAAUUGUGUGUUGUUGUUGUUUUUUGCCUGGGUAAAAAACCUAGAGAUAAAACUUUUUUCUGAAUCAGUGUCAUUUAGGCAAACACAUUUAGGCAAACAUAUGCUCAUGAGGUAAAUGUAUCAAAUAUCUCCACACCUUUCACAAGGCCUCAACAAAUAUGCCCAUUAAAAAAAUAUUUGUUAAACAAUUUAAAAAUCAUUCAAAUUAUAAUAUUUGAAUUAAAGUGAAUUGAAAAAAAAAAGGAUAUUUGAAUUAAAUUUUUUUUUUCACACACAAAGAAAACCUCAAAAGCUUAAAAAAAAAAAAAAAAAAAAAAAAAAGCAGAAAGUUGUUUUAAAAUCAUUUAAAUUUAACAUUGAUAUGAACCACAUCAAAGCAAAACAAUUGUUUCUAUAAUACGCCAAUCAUAAGAGGUCAAGAGUGCAAGGAAACUAUUGGCAAUGCGUUCUCUAUUAAUAAUUUAAAACACAAGUAAAUGCAGUUGUAGUUUAUUGCCCAGGUUGAUAGUAACAAAACACUAAAUACAGUGCACAAUGACAAAUGUUGUAACUCAUUAUAAAUAUAUCAUAAUAAAACUUGUACAUGUAGUGUUGUAUGCUAACAUCUCUUCUGUAGGAUAUGUACAUUUACAAAAAAUUGAUCUUAAUAAUCUGUCUUGUCUUCAGACUGAUUUUAUUAUAUACAUGUUGUUUUUUUAUGUAAAACAAAAUAAAGAAAAAUAGUUUCUUAUG